AUGAAUGCUGAACAUGCAAGGACCCAGAUCAAAAAAACGGACAAGGAAAGAGCUCCAAGGGCCAAGGUUUCUAAAGAGGCCAGACCGGUUGUCCCUGAGGACGAAGAUCCUAAAGAAGCCGAACCAAAUGGUAAGGCCAAGCAAACCGUGGUAAAAGAGACAAAGGGGAGAAUUAAGAGUACGACGAAGAAAACCAGAAAGCCGACUGCAAAGAAAACUGCCAGUAAGUCUCCCGAGUUCGAAAGAACUCCAUCUCCUCGACCAUCUCCUCGUCCAUCCGAUCCGGCUCAACUCCCGCCAUCCAGUUCGGGCAUGGGAGCAACUCCAAUCAACGUAGUAAUUCCAAUCAUGGUUCAUGAUUCUCCGGACAAAGAGAAGAACGAAGCAAAAAAAGUCGUGUCCUCAAAACCGUCAAAAUCAUCUGCAAGUAAAGCCGGGAAAUCCCCUAUCAAAGGAGCAUCUGCUCACAUGACUAAGGAAGUCCAUGAAAGGACUUUGGACUUAAUAAAUAAAAUUGUCGAUGAUGUCAAUCGGGUUACUGAGACCGAGGUGACAAGCCUGCUCAAUCAAACCGGUCAGACUAAUGAUGUCAACCGGACGAAUGAAGAUGACAAGGCCAAAGAGAAGGCCGGCACAGAAAAAGAGGGAGAGAAUAUAGACUCUCCGGUACAAGAGGGCAGCUGCAAUGUCGAAAAUUCAACUAGUCCGGUUAUCAACGAGGAGCCGGAACAACAAGAAACAAUAUCGGAUCUUGAAACUCCGGUCUCUCAACAAGAGGUGGACAACAUGUUUAAACACUUUCUCAGUAUGCUGGAAGAAGUGGCUGAAGUAAUAACUCGUCCGUAUUACAAUUGGUGUAGAAUGAGAAGUGAAGUCACUUUUCGGAACCUGCUUCCCAGCUAUUCCGAAAAUAAGCACAUGACGAACCUGGUGGCCAUGGAGGAUGAAAUAUUUGAUCUGGCCAAAACCGACUGCGUUCCGAUAGCUUUGGCAAGAGCAAGGCUGGUCGACGAUAAUGCAAGACUUAUAGCGUUGACUAAGGCACUAAAUGAAACUCAGGGGGAAUCGACUGUGGUUAAGAAGAAGUUAGUGGAAAGAUUUGAAAAGAUGAAGGAGGAUCUCAUAACCGACAUCUCACGUCUGGAGGAGGAAACAAACAAACACUUCAACGACUGCUUUUUAAAACCCGAGGAUUACCAGAGUAAACCGAUUUAUGAAGUCGGUGAAUCAUCCAAGUGGACCGGUCAUCCUACCUCUCCAUCCGGAAAAUCCCCAAGUAAGUCCAUUCCUCAUACUAACUCUAAAGAAACAAACAUAGCCGGUCAAGAGGAACCGAAAAUAGCUAUGUCGGUUCAUUCCCAAUUCCCUGAGAAAAAUCAAGAGGUUGAUCACCUUUCCGGAAAUAUUAAGGGCCUCAUUGAUAAUGCGGUCGACAUUUCAAUGAGCAAGUGGCACGCCGUCACGGAAUCCAGAACCGCCACUCUUAACUCUGAACUACUUGAGUCGGUCAAAGCAAGAGUUGAGUCGUCAACCGUCCCGCUGCUAGAGAUGAUGCAAGUCAUAGCGGCUCAGAUUGAGAAAUAA